AUGUCAGAAGAAGAAUAUAGUGAAGAGGAAGAAGUUGAAGUUGAUGAAUAUGUUGCUGAACAAGUUACAAAACCAACAGAAGAUCAUGCAAAAAGAAGCCGUGAAAGAAUUGACAUACAAGAUGGAGAAGAAAAUAUGACUGAAGCUGGAAAGGCUAUGCUUGCAGCCAAAAAACGGUUGGAAGAAGACGAUGCUGCUAAAUUACAAGAUUAUGAAGAUCGUCGAAGAUUAGAAAGAGAGAGAGAAGAAGAAGAAUUGAGAAUUUUAAAAGAGAAGCAAGAACAAAGACGUCUUCAAAGAGAAGAGGAAGAAAGGGAACAAGAAGAGAGACGAAAAGCUGAAGAGGAAAGAAGAAAAGCGGAAGAGGAAGAACGUAAAGCCAAAUUAGAAGCUCAACGUAAGCAAAAAGAAGAGGAAAAGAAAAAACGUCAACAAAUGAUGGGGGGAGGAAUGCCAUUUGCUGUUGGAACACCUACGGGAGGGCGUAAUUUUAUUUUGCCAGAGAAAAAGAAGGAUCAAAGCGAGAAAUUUGGGAAUAUUGUACAGGCUAAACAGGAAAUGGGAAUGACAAAAGAUCAACGAGAAGAAGCCAAAAAGAAUUUUGUUGCUCAAGUUAUGAAACAAUUGGGGGAUUUAACUUCUUUAGGUGGAUCUGAAUUAAAAGCAAAAUUAAAAGAAAUGCAUAAUAGAAUAUGUAAAUUAGAAGCAGAAAAGUAUGAUUUGGAAAAGAGACUUCAAACACAAGAAUAUGAUAAUUAAAUGAACGACA